ACCCCUGUGCUUCCCCCUGCGGCAGCGCUGCCGGAGAUGCAGAGCACCCCGAGCUACCUCUGGAGCACCGAGGACUGCCUGGGCCAGGGCGCAACAGCCUCCGUCUACAGAGCCCGCAACAAGAAAUCGGGGGAGCUGGUCGCGGUGAAGGUCUUUAACAGCGUCAGCUACCGGCGGCCCCAGGAGGUGCAGAUGAGGGAGUUCGAGAUGCUCAGGAGGCUGAACCAUGAAAACAUCGUCAAGUUCUUUGCUGUAGAGGAGACAGGCAGCAGCAAGCAGAAGGUGCUGGUGAUGGAAUACUGCUCGGGGGGCAGCUUGCUGAGCGUGCUGGAGGAGCCGGAGAACACCUUCGGCCUGGCUGAGUCCGAGUUCCUCAUUGUGCUGCAGUGCGUGGUGGCAGGGAUGAACCACCUCCGUGAGAACUGCGUGGUGCACAGAGACAUCAAACCGGGCAACAUCAUGCGGCUGCUGGGGGAAGAUGGGCAGAGCAUCUAUAAACUGACCGACUUCGGGGCCGCGCGGGAGCUGGGCGAUGAUGAGAAGUUUGUGUCUGUCUAUGGGACAGAGGAGUACCUGCACCCGGACGUGUACGAGCGCGCGGUGCUGCGCAAGCCGCAGCAGAAGGUUUACGGCGUCACCGUCGACCUCUGGAGCAUCGGCGUCACCUUCUACCAUGCUGCCACCGGCAGCCUCCCCUUCGUCCCCUUCGGGGGCUCGCGCUGGAACAAGGAGGCCAUGUACAAAAUAACCUCCGAGAAGCCUCCUGGAGCCAUUGCAGGGGUCCAGGGGCAGGAGAACGGGAGCAUCGAGUGGAGCUACGAGCUGCCCCUCACCUGCCGCCUCUCCACGGGCCUGCAGGAGCAGCUGGUUCCCAUCCUGGCCAACAUCCUGGAGGUGGAUCAGAGGAAAUGCUGGGGAUUCAACCAGUUCUUUGCAGAGACCAAUGACAUCUUGACCAGGAUCGUGGUGGACGUCUUCUGCCUGCCACAGGCUUCCUCCCACCGCAUCUACAUCCACUCCUACAACACCACCACCAAGUUCUUGGACGCUGUCUUCAAACAAACGAACAUAGCCCCUCACCACCAAGAGUACUUUUUUGAAGGGCAUCCCUACGAGCUGGAUCCGAACCUGCAGGCUCAGAACUUCUGCAGGACCACGGAGCACAGCCCUCUGAUCCUGCUGAGCAUCGCCGAGCAGCCGGAGGACGUGGUAGGAGUCAGAUACAGAGACCCGGCACUCGAGUUCCCGAAGCUGGUCCCCAGGGUGGACGUGGUGGCCGACUGCAGAGCAGCCAAGAGCGCGGUGGGGGCCAUGCACCAGACCCUGCGCAUCGCCUGCGCCCUGCGGCGCUGCCGGGAGCUGCUGGCCAGGGGCCUGCACUGGGUGAUUGGGAACCUGCAAACGGAGUGUGUGAGGGUGCUGGAGCAGAAGAGAGGGGCUCUCUCGGUGCUCUCCUGCCUGCAGCUCACUGAGGUGAAGAUCCCCAUGCUGUACGAGGCUGCUCCUGCAGGCAGCGGGGUGCUGGCUCUGAAGGAUGUGGCCACGGUGAAGCCAAGGCUGCAGAGGGUGGCUGAGGAGCUCUCUCAGUGCUCUCACAGCAUCUCUGACUUCCAAGGGGCUCUGGAUGGGGUUCUGGCUGAGCUGGUGAAGCAGGGGCAGGAAGCGCACGAAGACAAGAGCAUCCCGCGGAUCCAGUGCCGCCUGGAGGAGAUGCAGCUCAUCUACAGGCAGUUCAGGAAGGCCAGGACCAGUCCGCGGCUGAGCUACAACGAGGAGCAAAUACACAAGCUGGAUAAGGUGAAUUUAGGCCGUUUGGCCGCGAAGGUGCUCUUGAUUUUCCAGGAUGAUUGUGUGGAGCGGUACAAGGAGGCCCUGGCCUUCCAUGGCAGCAGCAUGAGGAAAGUCUGUGAGAUAAAGAAGCAUCUGAAGAGGCUCAGCAACCGCAUCAGCGCCUGCAGCGUGGAGAUGACGCAGUGCCAGGACCGCCUGCAGAGCGCUCUGGAGAGGUUUCUCCAGGCUGAGCAGCAGAGCUUGGCCCCGGCUCCUCCUGCUCCUUCCCCUGUCCCUGGGAGCCAGGCACACCAGGACAUGGCUUUCCAGAUGCAGGAGCUCCUGGAGCAGAUGAGGUCAGUAACUUGUGAUCUCCAGCUCAACAACAGCAUCAUCGAGCGGUUACGUGGGGCUGCCCCAGCUCCUGGUGUUUGAGACGUGGGGAACUUGCAGCUGCUGAAGCCAACAGCAGCGAACACUCACAGCACUUUGGGUCCAGGGCGAUGGGGACGGCUGAUGUUCAUGUUGGAGGAGCUCUCUGUCUCCUACCUCUCCCCUCCAGCACUUUUGCACCAUUGACCAGCAUCAGCUUUGAGUGGCUUGAACACCCUGAACCUUUGAAAGUUUGACCAGAAAAUAAGAUGUUUUGGGUUUUUUUCCUUUUUAAA